CAUUCGUUGAUUCGAGUGAUCCGUUCGUUAAGCGGAAACAAUGGGACAAAUGUGAAACCGACUUCAUCAGCUGUUAUGUCAUCUACUGCGACCUAGUGGCCAACUGACUCAGCUGAAGGCUGAAAAACAGGAGAGUGACGGGAACGCUAAGUUAGCUAGUUAAGCUAAGGUGUCAAGGAUCUUUGAGAAGAACUCGUCGACAUGCUUGCUCGUCUGUUAUUUAACCUCCUCAACAAUGCCCGGGUCGUUGAGAAGUUGGCAGAGUCGCGCCCGAUUCGCAGGGCGGCCCAGAUUACAGCCUACGCCAUCACCAAGGCUCAGAUAGCCGGCCGGGACGCCUCGGAGCGGGUUUUGCGGUCACAGACGCUGCGGCAGGUCCGGGACGAAGCCGGUAAAGUCCCCGGGGACCUGGGAGAGAUGGGCAGCCGCCUCCAGAGGGUCAAAGACACAUUCGUGAAGGAGGUGAAGGAGGGAUUCAAGGAUGGCUCCAGAGGGAUCAAGAAAUAAAGAGGACACAGGCAUUUUAAAAGACUGGGAGUCUACUGAUUACACCUAUGUGGUUGGAUUUUGACAGGUCGACAUCUCGUUUUUCUAAUUUAUUGAAUGAUCAAUGUCUGCUAGAGGAAAAGGAGAAGUAAUAUGUGAACAAUCUGCCUCAGCAAUUCAGGACAUCAAUGUGCACUUGUGGUCAAGUUCACUAUCAGGAAUGAGGGGGAGGGGGGGUGGUAAUAAUGUGGAGAGGUCCACACUAAAUAAUAAAUCAAGCACUGUUGUCAAGUUAUUAUUAGUGUGGAAAGAUUAAGAGCUCUUUUCUAAGAGUGAUUCAAAGUCAUUUCACUUAAGACCUCUUCACAUUAUGCUAUGAUACAAAACCACUUACUGUUUGUUCAUCUAUUGCCAUCCGCUGCACUAUGCCAAUAAUCCUAUUUCCCUCCACCAAUGUGCACUAUGACAGUAAUCAUGUGGGGAAGCUUUUAUGGAUCUGUACAAGUUAAAAAAUGUACAUAUAGUGGAACGCGUGAUGAUGUGUAUAGGUAAUGAAUUCACCAUUUUGUUCUGACUGUAUAAAUAAAGAUUAGAACUUUUAACAGCA